AGGAUGGGGAUGUGGCGGGUGACAACAGGGAGGAGGCGGAAGAGGAGGAGGAGGAGGACGAGUGGGAGUUUGAGGACGAGGAUGCGGCCGACGUGGUGCCUGGAGACGGGUUGGAUGGUGGAGGGUUCGUCCUGAACGGGGCAGCGUGGGGGCAGACAGCGCUGGAAUUGGCUCAGGAGGUGCUAGCAGGGAGCAAGUACGGAGGGGAGUUUGAGCUGUACGGAUUCAAGGUGUACCCUGAGAGGAACUGGAUCCGCGUGCGACUGGACAAGCUGACUGAUGUCUACGGCUCCCCAAUGGUGGAGGACAUAGACUCGUUCCUCCGUGAAUUCAACGCGCUGGUCAUUGCUGCUGGGGAGAGGGGCGAACUGCCUCAGGACAUUCAGAUUGAGGUCUCUUCCCCUGGUGCCGAACGUGUGGUCAAGGUUCCAGACGAUUUAAUCCGGUUCAAGGAGCUUCCAAUGUACGUACACUACCGGCUGCCUGGCGAAGCAGACAGUGCAGAGGACACGAAAGAAGCUAAUAAGGGGGAUAUCGGGGUUGGAGGGAGCACGAGCACGAGUGGAGGGAGCACAAUUCCCUCGGGAGGGAAGACCUCUGAGGAGAUUCUUUCAUUAGUGGAGGUGGAUGAGGAGCGUGUGACUGUAUGGAGGGUUGCUGAUUUUCAUCCCACCCUGAUUUUCACUCAAGAAGGAUCCAAGGAGCAGCUCGAGUAUCUUCACAGAGAGCUGAAAGCAUACGAGUGGUUUGGAUCUAAGAGCCAAGACGCUCCUGGCGAAGAAUAUUCUGCCAUCUUCUAUAAUCGAGACCAGGUUGAGGUGAUGGAGAGUGGGAAUUUCUGGCUCUCAGAGACGCCUGAAGUGUGUGGGAGCACAUCCUGGGGUGCAUCCACUCCUGCAGUUGUAACUUGGGUCAAAUUUCGAGUGCGAGGGCUACAGCCACCAGGAUUUGCGUUUCAAGCUUAUAAUGUCAGGAUGAAGACAGGAAGCUCCUCAGCCAGAGCGAAAGGAGCAUUGCUUCUCUGGCAGCACAUCAGCUCUGUGCCUCCGUCUAUUCCUGCGCUCAUGUGUGCGAAUUUCAACAAGAACAAGGGAUCUGCGACUGCAAGGUUCUUCCUUGGAAGCUGGAAGCUGAAUGGCAUAGAAGGGGAUUUCAAAGAUGUGUUGUCCAUCGCACGCAAGAAAAUCAACACGGGCCACAUAUAUUCCCACCAUCGCUUUCAAG